AUGUCCCUGGAGAAGGAGACGGGGGCGCUAGUAAUUGACAUGGGAUCCGGUAUUUGCAAAGUGGGAUACGCCGGCCAACCCAGACCUGAUUCUGUGGUGGGAUCAAUUUUGGGAUACCCGAGAGGGAAGAGUAAACGUAACAACAUCGCUGUGGGCAAAAUGGUCUCAACCGAACCAGACCUCAAACUAGUUCGGCCGACCCGACAAGGAAUCAUAGUGGACUGGACAGCGGCCGAAGAUCUCCUUCGGCACGUAUUUUAUGAGGAUCUGAAGGUUUCGCCAGAGGAACACGCAAUCCUAAUCUCAGACCCCCCUCUCAGUCCCACGACCAAUAGAGAGAAGAUUGCAGAAUUCCUGUUCGAGCGUUUCAAUGUCCCUGCCAUGCACGUCUCUUACCAGUCAGUGCUGGCUGUGUAUUCUUAUGGAAAAACCACGGGGUUGGUGGUAGAUUCUGGUGAUGGUGUCACCCAUUCUGUCCCCGUUCAUGACGGCUACAACAUGCCUGAUGCAGUCAGUAGAAUAGAUUUGGGUGGCCACGAUCUCACUACUUACCUAAUAAAGCUGCUCAGUGAGGCAGGUAACGCCUUUCAUGAGAAAGGCAGGUACAUAGUAGAAGACAUCAAGCAGAAAUGUUGCUACGUAGCUGUUGAUUAUCCAAACGAGGGAACCCGUCUUGUAGAUUAUGAGCUACCAGAUGGUCAUAUCAUCACCAUUGGAACAGAAAGAUUUAAAUGUCCAGAAGCCCUAUUCAAUCCAUCGUUCAUGGAGUCAAACCAGGAAGGUAUUCACAUUAUGACCAUCAACAGUUUGAAAAGGGUUCAGCCCCAUAUUAGACAGCUCAUGUACGAUAAUGUUCUGUUGAGUGGGGGCUCGACAUUAUUCGAUGGCUUUAAUGUUCGUUUCUGCAAAGAGAUUUUUCCCUUAGCUCCUAAAGAUGUUAAAACUAAAAUUCACGCUGUUCCGGAGAGGAAGUAUGCUGUCUGGAUAGGUGGCUCCAUAUUGGCCUCAUUACAUGCCUUCCAAUCUUUGUGGAUUCGCCAAGAAGAUUAUACAGAACAAGGCCCAUUAAUUGUGCAUCGUAGAUGCUACUGA